CGAAAGCGUCAGUUGAUACACGUCUUUCGAAUCGGAGACACUUCACACAAUCAGCAUGACUUCAACCGAAAGUAUACGCGGAAUUAUUUACAAAGAUCAGCCAUGUUGGAUACCAUCACACAUGAAUUAUGGCAAACUUGCUAUUGACCGCAUGUUAAGAGCUAAAGACAAAGUUGCUUUGAUCGAUGGGAAGACGGGGCAACAAAUAACGUUCGUUGAGCUGGUGCAGUUGGUAGUGAACGCGGCAUCGUCGUUAAUACGCUUAGGUGUGAAACGUGAUGAAGUGGUUGCCGUGUGCAGUGAGAACAGAACGGAAUUCUUGAUUACUACAAUCGCUACGUGGUGUAGUGGUGCUACCGUCACUUUUCUCAACCCCGCCUACAGCAAGAAUGAAUUGGAACACACAAUAUCAAUAUCGAAACCGAAAUAUGUCUUCCUUUCACCUGAAACUCACAACCAAUUUUAUUCUACUAUUGUUGGAACAAAAAUUGUUGAAAAAUUCUUCAUUUUUGGCGAUUCCGUCAACGAUGCUACGAUUUCGAAGUUUAACGACUUAAUUAAGACGUAUGUUAAUAUUGAUAACUUCAAACCGGUUAGUGAUCCUGUUAAUGGAUUGGCACAGACAGCCUUAAUUCUCUAUUCAUCCGGUACAACGGGACUGCCUAAAGGAGCAAAGCUGACGCAUUUAAACUUAAUCACUACUACUAACCAACCCAGCCACAUCACGAAAGACCUAGUCUUCCUGUCUAACGCACCGUGGUCUAACACAUUUGGUAUCAUGAGCACAAUGGAUGAGCUAGUCCACAACCGUACCAUUGUAUACCUGACUAGAUUCAACAUAGAGCAAUACCUGUCAUAUAUUCAAAAAUAUAGAGUUGGAGUACUAUUAGCAGUUCCUCCAUUGGUAGUUGCGCUUACAAAAUCACCAAUAAUACAGAAUUACGAUGUAAGCUCCGUUGAAUUUAUAUACAGUGGAGGGGCACCUCUAGAUUUAGGUGUGAUCAAUGAAGUUAAGCAAAGAUUCAAAGGUCUAAAACACGUUCUACAAGGCUAUGGAAUGACAGAAGUAACGGGAACCCUAACUGAAGAGACAGACACCGAAAGUAAACCAGGAAGUGUCGGCAAGAUUGCAAUUGGAAACAUCGUAAAGAUAGCAGACAUUGAAACUGGUAAGGCGUUAGGGCCUAAACAAGAAGGUGAAGUUCGCGUAAAGGGUGCGACGUUAUUCGGAGGCUACAUUGGAAAUAACUUAAAAGACGAAUUAGAUGACGAAGGGUAUUUCAGAACUGGAGAUAUCUGCUACUACGAUGAAGAUGGCUACUUUUUCUUUGUAGAUAGAAUUAAAGAAUUAAUUAAGUAUAAGGCUGGGCAAGUUGCUCCUUCAGAACUAGAAGCAAUUUUACUUCAGCAUCCAGGUGUUAAAGAUGUAGGAGUUGUAGGCAAACCAGAUCCUAUGGUGGGUGAACUCCCAACAGCCUUCGUGGUAAAAAUGCCAGGAUCGACGGUCACUGACAAGGAAUUAGUUGACUUUGUAGCUGAUAAAGUGUCGUCGUGGAAGAAAUUGAGAGGUGGUGUCUAUUUCGUAGAAGACAUACCGAAGACACCGAGUGGAAAAAUAUUAAGAAGAUUAUUACGUGAUUACCUUAAGAAACCUGUUAGCAAACUAUAGUCUUAUGUGUUCUUUUUAACUAUCUUACUUAUUACGAGAAUAACCUACGAGAGUUUGUUAUCGAAGAAGUUGGACGGAACAAUAAAUCAUGUCAUUGACAUGUGGGCGAUGGUACAGUACCUACGUAUUUGAAUUGAAUAAAAUGUACCAUAUAAACUUGUAAUAAUUCUUAUCUAUCACCUCAUAAAGUGACGUGAAAAUGCUUC